GAUGCGCGCGGAGGGCACAGCAGAACAGUCGAGCAGAACGAGAGCAUGGUGGAACGCGCUUCGCGCACGGAGGGGAACGCGCUGAUUGACAGCUUCGGAGGCACGGAGCGCCCCACGCCGCACACGAACCGAGCCCGCUAAUCUGCCUGAACGGCACUUGGCAAAAGCAUCUGUGCGAAAUAACCAUCCUCAUGCAUAUCAGCUACUAAACUGCCGCUGACCGGAGCCUUGCAGUCAUCACUCAAUUGUGGGAAGAAAUCAACCCCACCACAUAGCAAUGUAGCGGGCGAUAGGCUAUUGCACUGUACCUUGGCUUUAUCCUUUUCACUCAAAACGGGGCAGUCUGGAAGUAACUAAAAAUUUGUUUUUUUACUUCUUCAAUACUGAGGAUAACACAUUCUUGGCACUUGCUGAACGAUUGGUGAGAGCAGUUCUGUAAGGAGAGCGCUAAUGAGGUUUUUUUAGUAGACACAUUUAUUUGGAAUAUAUUCCUGCUAUCCAAGUGACCUUUUCAUUGGAUUCUCUGUUCAUUUUCUCACUUGGACUUUCUUUGAUCUCUGAUUGUUAUAGGUUGUUGCCUGUCGAAGGUAACGGACAAAAUUAACCGAAUUUACAACCCAGAGAGGCAAAGAAGUUCAGGUCUGUGCGUUGGGUAUGAGCUCACAAUGUGUGUGGCUGUAGCUUCCCCAUUACUCCUUCUAGAACCGUAGCCAGCCCGUGUGGUCGAGAAGUAGUUUAGCUUCUCUCUCCCUCUGUACGUGAACACUUAGAGCUAACACCCCGUUCUAUGGAGUAGAUCGUCCGGAAAGAGACUAAUAGAGCGUUCUCCUUUCCCCCCGCCUGGUACCAACAGGCGGCUUUGGUCUAAAGGUUCUCCGGAGAAUGGUAAAUGACCGACGGGGAAUCAUGAACAGCACUUCGGAACUCGAAGAUGGACCACGGCAUAAAAACCAGAGGAUGAGCUGCAGCUACCUCCUGUGCACCAUCCUCCUCUUCGUCGCCGUCCUUCUGGCCGUCACGGCAACCGGCACCAUCCUCUUCAUGAACCACUACCAGGCCCCGCCCAUGUCUGACGGCCCACCCCACAUCUCAACCAAUCCGGACGAGGCCAACGCCCUGGUAACCGUGGAGAGGGGCGACGGCUCACGCAUCAACAUCUUCAUCGACCCCAACUGUCCGGACUACAACGGGAACUUCCUACGCCUGGAAGGGGUGCAGACAUCGCUGCUCCACUCGCUGACCGACCACGACACCGACCUGAAGUCGGUCAAAGGUCAAGACCGGGCGCUGCUGGUCAACCUAGCUGAGGAGGUGGCCAAACUGUCGGCCCACGCUGGUCAGCUGAAGAUGGACUACGAGUCUCUGAGACGAGGCCAGGGGAGUCUGGGGCAGGACCUGAACACACUGCAGACAGAGCAGGGACGCCUCAUACAACUACUGUCUGAGAGCCAAAUCAACAUGGUGAAGGUGGUGAACACUGUGAGCGAUGCUCUCAGCUCCAUGCAGAAGGAGACAGGGGGACUGAAGGCUCGGGUCAAGGCUGACCUACAGAGAGCACCGGUCAGAGGGGCUCGUCUCAAAGGCUGUGCCAAUGGCUCUCGUCCUCGUGACUGUGGUGAUCUGUAUGCUAAUGGUCAGAGGGAGGAUGGCAUCUACUCUGUGUUUCCCACUCACUACCCCUACGGCUUCCAGGUCUACUGUGACAUGACCACGGACGGAGGGGGCUGGACUGUGAUCCAGCGCAGGGAAGAUGGCUCGGUCAACUUCUUCAGAGGAUGGGACUCCUAUCGUGAGGGAUUUGGCAAGAUCACUGGAGAACACUGGCUAGGUUUGAAGCAGAUUCAUGCCUUGUCCAUCCAGGGUAACUAUGAGUUGAGGAUUGACCUGGAGGACUUUGACAACAGUACAGCCUACGCCCAGUACGAGACCUUUGGAGUGGGCCUGUUCUCCGUGGACCCGGAUGAUGAUGGAUACCCACUGACAGUUGGAGAUUACUCCGGAAACGCAGGCGAUGCUCUGCUCAAGCACAACGGGAUGAAGUUCACAACCAAAGACAAGGACAACGACCACUCGGAGAACAACUGUGCCUCCUUCUACCACGGCGCCUGGUGGUACCGUAACUGCCACACGUCCAACCUGAACGGACAGUACCUCCGCGGGCAGCACACCUCCUAUGCCGACGGCAUCGAGUGGUCCACCUGGACCGGCUGGCAGUACUCCCUCAAGUUCUCUGAGAUGAAGAUACGACCCGCACGCGACGAGAGCAAAUGAGUAUAUGAGGCAAUAACAGAGGAAAGGUGUUGAAAGUGUUCAGAGUAAUAAAACCACACCCUCAGAUACUGUUUACUGAAUGACUAAAAGGAUUGACAUCUUUGAUUGGUUUACUACUAUUCUCUACUGUUUCCUGUGGAGCCCUUGUCCCUCUCCACCACCUCCCAGCCCCGCCCAACUUCAUGUGCCCCAUCCCUACCCGUAGUCCCCUAUCGCCUACUAGUGUUGUGCUGAGGCUUUUUGUGCCCCCCUCCCACCCACACACUUCCUUCCCAACAACCUCAUGACUCCACUGGAUCAGGAAAUGAGUCUGAUUCACUCUGUUCAUCACUCUUUCUAUUAGUGCUUCAUUUAUAUCUAGUUAUUAAUCAAGUAUCUGUCUAUUCCUUCUGAGCCUUGACCUUGUCCUUGACCUGUCUCCUGUGUUUGUUGUGCCCUGUAACCAGCAGUCCUAUUCCCACAGUCCUUUGCUGCAUUGCUGCCAGUCAGCGAAGCGUGGUGUUACCGUGUGACCUUAGAACAAGUGACUGAUUCAUGAUAUGUCAGAAACGGAGAUGUGACAUUAUAGUUGGAACACACACACACACGCACACACACACAUACACACACGCAUACACACACGCAUACACACACACACAGACACACACACAAACUUACACACACACGCACACACACACAUACAUACACGCUUACACACACGCAUACACACACGCAUACACACACUUACACACACACACACACUGCCCCCUGAAGCUACAAUAUGACUACAGCAAAACUCUGUCACCUAAUGUGACCCGGCUACAUUGGCCUCCCAGCCAGAAUGGCCCAACCCACAGUACUGCUUACGUGUCCCUUUAUUUCAGAUAGCCUCGGUAGGAGGCACAGCGCAAUGGAACAGCUGCACCAGUGUAGAGAGGGAACGGUUGAAAUAAAAGGAGACAGAAGAUUGAAAGAGGGAGAGAGAGAGAGAGGGGGGGGGGGGGAGAGGACAGGUCAAACAGAGGGGUCGAAGGGAAUGACUUAAUGAAAAGGAGACUAAGAAAAUGGGAAUAUACAGAGAAAAAGAAAGAUGGAGGAGAGGUUAUGGAGGGCUGAGGAAGAAGGGAUGAGUAAACAAGAGGGAACCGAUCUCAAUCAUCUGACUGAGGCUAUUAGGGAGCAUAUUGGGCACUUAGUCUGAUCACCAACCAAGUUACUACUUCUACAGUACCCCAGAUGGUAAUGCUGCAGUGUGUGUUAGUGUCUGCGUGCAUGCAUGCAAGUGUGCUUGUCCUCUAAUCACUCUCCCAGUCACCCUAAGAGUCAAUUUCAGUGAUCCAUUUGAGCUCCCAGUCAGUCAGACAAACAGCCUAUGUAAAAAUGAUAUGAUGAAGGUUAUCAAGUUCCCAUUGGUAGUGGGUGAAUGUAGGAGGCAGCAGAAUGGGAAAGAGGAAAAUACAGGGAAAAGAAUGGGGUGAAGUGACAAGGUGCCUCUGGUGGCCUACCAUAGAAAGAACGAGAGGAAGAAAGGUUAUUUGACUGCUACCUUCCAGAGCCAGGAGUGUCAUGACAGAGAGGGUAGUCUGUUAUUCAUCUGUUCCUUUAGGGAGUAGAGCAUGUUUUGACCUUUGCCACCACAACCACAAGGUUAAAUAGUCCCCUACAUCCCUGAGCAUUUAAAUUCUAUUCUUGUGCUUUCACAAUCAGCUGUAUAGUCGAUAGAAGCUGCCUCACACAUGGACACACACACAUACAAACACACUGACACACAAACACACACUGACACACAAACACACACACACACACUGACACACACACACACACACACACACACACACACUCUGAUAACAGUCCUUUAACGUAGCUACAUACACAUUCUGUUUUCAUCUCCUUUAUGUCCAAUUUCAUCCAUAUCUCUUUUUUUUAUCCACCUCACCUCUCAUCUCCUCUCCCUUUCCUCUCCUCCACUCCCCUCUCUCCUCCUCUCCGUCUCUACUACUCUCCCUCUCUCCUCCUCUCCCCCUCUCCCCAUCUCCUGUAAUAUUUUAUGUUCUGUAAUCUAACCAUGUCUAGCUGGAUGUCUAGGUAUUCUGCUAGGGUGACCCAGGAUCUUUUCUUCUGGCUCUAGCAGAGGAACUGUUGCUGUAAAAUACAGUUUGCCGCUAUCGACCGAUCCCGCAACCAUGAUUUUCUUUCUGAAUAGGAGCUCAAAAACUUGUCGGGAAUGGCGACAACAAAAAAAUAUGUAUUGUCUGUAAAGUAUUAUAAAAAAGAAAAAAAGAACAAUAUCAGAAGUUUUGCUAACAAUGAAAUUGUGGAAUUCUGAAUAUUUUUUUCCAUUUGUUGUUUUCAUUCUGGAUUUUCUUUAGAUGUACUGAAAGCUUUAAAGAUAUGUGUAGAUUUAUUGUACAGUGUGUAUGACCUUUAGAGCAUGUCCAACUGUUUUCAUACUAUGCCAAAAGACAAAAGAGAACUCAAGCACACAGACUUUACAAAUUACAAGUCAAAAGAAGAAAAAAAUACAAAACCAGAGCCCUUAUUUCUCCUCUUUUACCGGACUGGGCACAAGAGAAGGUGUGGCCAGCUAUAGUUUUGGGGGAGGGGCAUGUGAGAAAGAGGAGGGGUUUAGUAAGCACAUGAGGGCAUGCCCACUAUUAAAAAAACAGCACAAAUUAAUCUAAACUGAAGCGAUGUCAAUGGCACAUCUGGGGGACAAUGUGGCUCUGAUUGGCCUGUUGGACAUUAUGGGGACGUCUUUGAUCUGGUCAGAUAUUUUGGCUCUACUUGAUAUACUGGCUCUAUGGGACACACCAACUCUGGAGGACAUUUUGAUCUGCCCGUGCUGCCAGUGGGCCAACAAGCAUAGUGAUGAGCAUUGCUCCUCAGACACUGGAUUGGCUAUGUGUUUUAUCCUGGUUCUUUUUCCAGUACAGGACAGAGUGUGUGUCUGGACUGCAGCACCCACAGAGCUCCAGCUCCAUGCAGCCAACUAUCCACAAAACCUGCUCAGUCUCAGUCAGCCAUAGAGGCUGAGUCAGUGAAUCUCAGUUCACCAGGAGUCCUGCGUUGGUAACACAGAGCAGAGUCAGAGUCCAUCCACUUCUACAGUCAGCUAGUCUGCCUCUUCUACCACUACUCAGCUCUGAAGCCAAACAUCAAAGAACCAACCGUCUAGUCAUAUUAUCAAUGCAUUAUUAACACUAAUCACGUUACCAUGGAAACAUAAUUACAUGGGAGAGUUUGAUGACAACAAUUUGUAUUGGGUAGAAGAUAAGAGAUGAUAAUUUCAUUGGGUUUCACAGAAGAGAGGAUUUCAAAGGGUGUGCAAGUUAAAAUAGAUAAACGUAUAAAGUUUAAUGAGAUACUGGAAUGGGUCAGACUGAUGUCUUGAUGUGACUGACUGACCAGGAGGACAUUCAUUUCUCUUUCUGUGUGUCUAUGUGUGAGAGUGUGUAGGUUUGUGUGUAUGUGUGCGUGUCUGUGUGUGUGAGAGAGAGAAAGGAACGGUAGGAAUUCAUCAAAGUAAAUGUGAUGCUUAUGUACAACUUGCCUCCCUGCUAUUUGUGUUGAUAACAGAGAGAUAUAAAUAAACCAUUAAGUCAUGUGAUAACUGAUUCCAUAGUGGCUCACACCCUUCUGGUUAUGUGUUCAACUGGACUUCUCAUUUUACCCCGACUCCCCUUCUAAUGUAAAACCUUCAGCGUCAAAUAGUGCACGUUAUACGUUUUAUCAACGUACUGUACACCCCACACCAACCCCCACUCUCUGAGUAGUUUAGAAACCCCACAGUCGUUGUUCCAAAGCCCCCACCCCAACCUUUACUUCUUUCAUUUCCAGUCUGCUGUUACGAGCACCAUCCACCCUCCCUCCUCCCCGUUUAAAUUCUAGCAGGAUCUUGGCUCCAGCAGUCAAUGUGAUAGAGGAGUAUGAACAAAAGAGUUAUCCCUCAUUCCCUCUCAUUCCCUCUCACUCCCUCUCAUUCCCUCUCAUUCCCUCUCACUCCCUCUCAUUCCCUCUCAUUCCCUCUCACUCCCUCUCACUCCCUCUCAUUCCCUCUCAUUCCCUCUCAUUCCCUCUCAUUCCCUCUCAUUCCCUCUCAUUCCCUCUCUCCCUCUUAUUAUCAUCAGAAUCAGCAGAGUACUGAUCAAUCCGUCCGUUCUCGCACCCUCCAUCUCAGUCCUCCAUUUAUCCACUUUUCCAAUACCUCCAUCUCUCCUUUCCCACAACCUCCUCUGUUCCCCCUCCAUUUUUAACACACUCUCCAUUCCCCUAACCCCUCCAUUUCCCCACCGUCCUUCAUCUCUCCAUUUCCCCACUCCUCCAUUCCUCCGUUCCCCCAACCCAACCACUCUCAGCUCCCCACUCCCCUAAUCUCCAACAGAACCAACUCUCUUUUAAUUUUCUCUCGGUGAAGUAAUAUAGAUUGUUUUGCGGAAUCUUGAUACUGUGUUUUAAUGUCUUGUCAACAUUUAAUAAACAUUCACAUUUUAUAAGUG